UACACACUCCGUAGAGUCCCUCUAUAUCCAGGGACUCAAACACUCCUACUUGAACACACUCUUGCGAUCAAAAUCUUGAACUUCUUCGUUCGUAAAUAACUACGAAAGUGUAUCUACUUCGUGUCUCUUCCACGUCUUGUGACGUUGAACGUUCGUGUCCGUGUUUAACCUGCGGUCUCUUGGCACGUUUUUCUCGUUUCUCUCUUCCAUUAUCACUUCUGGUUGAGCUGGUGGCGUAUGGUUAUUGCCACUGUUUUAGCUAUCCUUUCUUUAUUUUCCAAGUCGAUGGCGGCUGCAAGAGAACGUACCUUUCUUAUGAUAAAGCCUGAUGGCGUUCAACGAGGACUUGUUGGUAAAAUUAUUAAAAGAUUUGAACAGAAAGGUUUUAAACUAGUUGCAAUGAAGUUCAUGUGGGCUUCUGAGGAUCUUCUAAAGAAACAUUACGCUGAUUUGUCUGCAAGGCCUUUUUUCCCAGGUCUCGUUAAGUACAUGAAUUCUGGUCCCGUUGUGCCAAUGGUGUGGGAAGGUCUCAACGUGGUUAAGACCGGACGAGUAAUGCUUGGCGCAACUGACCCCAAAGAUUCCGCUCCCGGUUCUAUUAGAGGAGAUUUGUCCAUCCAGGUCGGCCGGAAUAUUAUUCAUGGAUCAGAUUCUGUGGAGUCUGCCCAAAAGGAAAUUGCCUUAUGGUUUGACAGCAAGGAAGUAGUUGCAUGGAAGCCUGACACAGAAGCAUGGGUAUAUGAAGAUUGAGCAGAGUGGCUGGGCCAUUCCAAGUGUCAUUUAUGAACUGCUCGAAUUGUGAUAUAUGAAAUGCAUUUGUUUCUGCCGCUAAUAACAGACUGAAUAAAAGUUGUCACUUAAAAUUACUUUUCUU